GAAUUAAAAAAGAGAAGGAUUACACAUAUGAUGCACUCUGGUGGUGAAGAAUCUUACAGCCCUGAAUCCACUUCCUUCAUUUUAAACCAUGAUUAUCCCAACUUUUUAUUAUCCAUAUAUGGCUCAGAAUUGGGUGCCUAAUAUAGUACACUAUUAUGUAAAUUACAUGAGAUGUACGUGAAUACGAGUAAUAUUUUAUUAUGGAGAGUUUGUUAAAUGACAGUGUUCUCCCGAAAAUUUAUAGCAAAUUGGAUGUUGAAUCCAAGUAUGUAUUAUUUCUUCUAAUAAUUGACAAUGCAAUAAAUUGAGUUGAUUAUCUUAUAAUUUUGUUUAUUAGGUGUAAUCAAUCUGUGAAUAUAUACAGCAUUUAAUUUUGGAUAUACUAUGAUGCUUGAUAAAGACUGUGACUAUAUUGGACAAUAUAAACACUUAUAGCAUUAAAAGUUAAAGGACUUCCAGUAUGUGACUAAUUGUUGUUAUGAAUUAUUAUAACUGGUGCUGCACGACAAAUAUUUAUUAUAAUAUACUGUGUUGAGUAGUUGCUUAAUUUUGUUGUAUACAAUGAUGACAAGGCAGUAAAGUCAGUAUGGUGGGCGUGAGGAAGGCACGUAGUGUUCUUCUGUUUUUUAUAUUAUUUAUUUCCAUUGUGGUUGUACGUCAUAUUGGCCACAGAUUGUCACUUAAAGAGGAAGUCAAAGCGGAAACGUCUCCAGUUAUCAAGAAUCCACUCGAAGAUUUGGUUGUGAUAAUAAGAGAGUUUGAAAGUUUUGAUAAUGAUGUUCGUGAAACCGUUGAAUCUGUGUUGAGUGCGUGUGGGGAUGCGUGUAAGGUACUAGUGGUGAGUGAUGAAACUGUUUACCCUCCUUUGCACUUACCACGGCAAAUUGCAUCAGUGGUUCUGACUCCAGGUUUACUCCGGCAUCGUCCUAAUAUUCAGAGUUUUUUAGCCAAUGCGAAAUAUGUUUUACUGUUGCCAGAUGGCGCCAGAUGUUCAUCACCUGCACAGUUAGUGGAUCUGAUACAUUUGUUAAAUACCGGAGAUUCACAGGUUGUUGCUGUGGGUGUAGGCGGUUCAGCUCUAACAUGCCACCGCUAUACUCUCGACAUUCAAGCUUGGACACUGACAAUAGCUCCUGCCCCUCAGAGUGAAGCUUGUGACGCAGUCAGCGGACGUGCAGCAUUGCUAAUGCAAGCUAGCAGUCUUGUGCAGCUGACUCAUCCUCUGGCACGCCCUGUGACCCUCAGUAUUGGCAUUCAGGGUGCCGCACGCACUUGGAAAGUCCACGUUAGUCGAGGUGGUCUGCUUGGAGAAGGUCGGCAGCUUUAUGCCACUGAUCACCUGAAGUGGAAGUGCGAGACAUACGAGGAGGAACGAAAGCGUUCUCUUUAUUCUGCAUUGGGUGUUAAAAAAGUGGUGAGCACAGGUGGCAAUGUACUCUGGUAUGGAUGCACUCGUACAACUCCUCGUUGUUUUCCCACUGUGGUGGACGAUACACCGGACUACCUCUACCUAGGACGCUGGACACCGCCAUGUUGUCUAGAAGGUUUAAGAGCCACAGCUCGACAUGUCUUCCAGACACUGAGAGCUUGUCGAGCACGGUGGUGGCUCGAGGGAGGCUCCUUGUUAGGUGCUGUUCGCAUUGGAGAUAUUAUACCCUGGGAUUAUGAUGUCGAUGUUGGUAUUUACUCGCAAGAUGUUGAUCGUUGUCCGCAACUUAAAGCUGCACGUUGGCAGACCCUGGAAGAUACUGAAGGUUUUGUGUGGCAAAGAGCAUCUGAAGGAGGGUAUUUCAGAGUGCAUUACAGCACCGCUAACCACUUGCAUGUUGAUGUGUUCCCCUUCACCCCACGUGGUGGUACUAUGACUCGAGGUGGUGCUUGGAACACAGGCCACCGCCAGGAUAUAGAUUUUCCCGAGCAUUUCUUGCGGCCUCUUGCUUCGGUAAAUUUUGCCGGAGUCAUGGCUUCAGCGCCAAACAAUGUUCGAGACUUUUUGGAACUCAAAUUUGGUGCAGGAGUUAUUGAAACUCCUCAGUAUCCCAACCCUGAAGUUCAUCUUCCACACAAUAUAACACUAACUCACAGGUGAUUGUAGAAAUAAAAACAUAAAGAGGGAGCACUGCAGCAGGCCUACUGACCCAUGUUAUGCAGGUCCAAGGCAUACCCACUUAAGGAAGGAGCACUGUGGUAUGCCUACUGACCCAUGCUAGGCAGGUCCAUGUCACACCCACUUAAGAAGUAAGGAGCACUGUAGCAGGCCUACUGGCCCAUGCUAGGCUAGUCCAAGUCACACCCACUUAAGAAGGAGCACUGUCGCAGGCCUACUGGCCUAUGCUAAGCAGGUCCAAGGCAUACCCACUUAAGGCACACUGUGGCAGGCCUACUGGCCCAUGCUAGGAAAAUCCAAGUCACACCCAUUUAAGAAGGAGUACUGCAGCAGGCCUACUGGCCCAAACUAAGCAGGUCCAUUUUUUAAAAUUGGUGCUGUUUCUAUACAUAUAAAAUAGUUGUGUACAUUGUUGUUGGUAAGUGAUCUGAUAUUGCUGUGCAGAGUAGUGGUGUUGUGUGUUGUGCUGUCUUCCAGUCUUGGCUAGCUGAUAGUGUCGUGAUAUUACAUAUAAUAAGUUACUUCCAUGGAAUCAAAAAUUGUUUGUUAUUACGUUUUAAGAUGUUGAUCUUUGUAGUUGCAUCAAUAUUUUUGUAGACACUGUAUUGUGUAAUGCAAGGCUGUAUAUAUUGUCUAUAUAUAUGCUAUCUUAGAUGUGUAAAUUACCGGUCUCUUGUAAUUGGUAACUCUGGAGAAAACUUUCCGCUAUCAUAGAUUUUUGUAUUUUAUGUUAGACGAAUAAUUAGAAAUUUUGCGCAGUUUUAUUGCUUUUGAAUGUUAUUGUGAGAGCAAUAUUGUUGAUGUAAAAAUUACUGAUUAAGAACAUUAAAUUCAUAAAUGCGAUGGGGAUUUAAGUGUGAGUUUUGAUUAAGAUUUAUUAUUAUUAUUUGCAGUGCAUGUGAUCCAUUUUUUAUCUUUCACUUAUAAAAAGUUUUUAUCAAGUAAUAAUAACGCUUAUUUUCCUGGCUUUCAGUUUUACGUUAUUUUUUUUAUUUUCUUUCACUAAUAUUUUCAAUAAUAUAGCAUUUAAAAGUAAUUUACUAUUUAAGAAAUCUUCCAUAGUUUUUAAACCUUUUUUUUUCCCUUCAUUUAUAUAAAAAAUUCGUUGAUUAUUUUUUUAUAUACGUAUAUGUUUAUCUUUUAGGAUACGGCAGUUUGGAGGGAUGUCUAAACUGUAGUAUCUGAGCGCCUCUGCGAAGACAGUGAUUAUGUACGAGUGACAGUGAAAGUGUUGAAUGGCGAUGAAAGUUUUUUCUUAAUUUUUGGGUUUUUCUUUCUUUUUGGGUCACCCGGCCUUGGUGGGAAACAGCCGAUGUGAUACAGAAAAAAGUUUAUUUUUUUAAUUAGUCUAAAAGGUAAUUUGUUGAGUAAAAUGUGUUCAUUACCUUGUUUGUUAAGAUGCUUAUUCUGAAUGUACAGUGGACCCCCGGUUUACGAUAUUAUUUCAUUCCAGAAGUAUGUUCAGGUGCCAGUACUGACCAAAUUUGUUCCCAUAAGGAAUAUUGUGAAUUAGAUUAGUCCAUUUCAGACCCCCAAACAUACACGUACAAACGCACUUGCAUAAAAACACUUACAUAAUUGGUCACAUUGGUAAAGCGGGGUUCCACUGUAUUUAUAUUCCUGUACUCACUAAUUCUAUGCGACUUCUUUUAUUCAAAUUUCUGUUAGCUAAGAACAUCACAUUUCAUGUGACCCUUAAGCCAAGAAAAUUAGUGUGGCUCAAAGAUGAUAGCCUGUUUAUUUAGAUUUUGUUUGCCCCCCUCGGAUCAUACAUACCACAAAUACGUGAAUGGUGGAAAUAAGUGGGAGAAAAUACCAACACAAUGGAAAUAUAAACACUUCAGCAGUAUAAUGUGAUCCUUUAUUAACAACAUUUCGCCCACACAGUGGAUGCAACAUUGUCAAUAAAAGAUCACAUUAUACUGCUCAAGUGUGUAUAUUUCCAAUACAGUGGACCCCCGGUUAACGAUAUUUUUUCAUUCCAGAAGUAUGUAUGUUCAGGUGCCAGUACUGACCGAAUUUGUUCCCAUAAGGAAUAUUGUGAAGUAGAUUAGUCCAUUUCAGACCCCCAAACAUACACGUACAAACGCACUUACAUAAAUACACUUACAUAAUUGGUCGCAUUGGGAGGUGAUCGUUAAGCGGGGGUCCACUGUACUCGAGUGGUAUAAUACCAACAAGAUAAAGGGUUAGUUGCAUGUACAGCAUCUGGGUAUCUUUAUUUGUAGAUGUUUUGCCAUCCAAUGGCUUUAUCAGCACAAGUUUAAGGACAUAGCAGGAAUACUAGAACUGUAUCCAAAAGAUGAGGUAAUCAGUCCCUCAGCCUCGGAGUUUGGUGAAGAGCACCUUAGUCUUGAGUGAAUUACAGGCAGGAAGAUUGGCGAUUAUAUACUGGUAUUGUAUACCUUUCAUACAACUUGUUAUAUACAGCAGCAUCAUUGAAUCUUGAUAAAGAGGACAUCUCCACAACCUUCUUGUUUACUGGCUUAUGACUUGGGUAUGAUCUAUUUCCACUGGGAAAUCCUGGCUACCAUUGACAAUACUUUCGUCUGCUGCACCUCCCUCAUCUGACACCAGCAUAUAAGCAGUCUUCCUGUCUGUGCUUCACAUUCUUCAAGACUAUGGUACAUAAAUCUUCCUGUCUGUGCUUCACAUUCUUCAAGACUAUGGUACUCUUCACCAGCUCCAUCCUUGUGGUUUAGCGCUUCUUUAUAAUUAUUAUAAUAAUAAUAAUUCAUCAACUCCAGGGCUGAAGGGACUGAUUACCUUGUCAUUUGUAUAUACUACAGUGGACCCUCGCCUAACAAUAUUAAUUGGUACCCGAGAACGAAUAUCGUUAGGCGAGUUUUUUAGCGUUAGCCGAGGCAAAGUGUUAGCGUUAAAAUGUAUCGUUAGGCGAAUUUAACAUUAUGCGAUGCGUUCGUUAGGCGAGGGUCCACUGUAGUUCUACAGUCUUCCCAUUAUAUCUUUGUAUUGUAUUAAUAAAGCCACUGGAUGGCAAAACAUCUGCAAAUAAAGAUACCCAGAUGUUGUACAGAUGUCUAAUUCUUCGUCACAUCACAAAGUCAGGCGGCAUGUUUUUGAUGUUGUGAUUGUGUAUUAAACUGUAACUACUGUAUACAGUAAUGGAUAAUUAGAUCUGUAAUUCUACACCUGUAUCAUGAUGAUUUUAAUAAGGAAGACAGCAGUUGAUAAUGCAGUGUUGGUGUUCGUUCUAGUGGCUAGUUCCUGUAACCUCUACAAUCCCAAACAGUAAUAAAGAAUAAAAAGGCACAAUACCGUGACUGGAACAAUACACAAAUAACCCGCACAUAGGAGAGUAAAGCUUUUGAUGAUGUUUUGGUCUGACUUGGAUCAUUAACUAAUCACACAAAAGUACGAAGGGAAGGGAGCCAGUGUAUUUACAAGAGGGGGAUGGGAACAGGAACAGUAGUUCAGGUGCUUCUCAACUUAUGAUGGUUCAACUUAUAUUUCAAAUUUUUGAUAUUGCAAAAGCAAUUACUUCGGAGAUGAAACUUAAGAUAAUUACCCAACAUGAAGGUGGCAUGUCUAACUUUUAUAAAUUUUUUUACUAUUCAGUAUUAGUAUUUAGUUACAGUAAUCAUUUGUCUAUUGACUUAUUCAGUGACAUUAUUUAUUUAGCAUAUCAUAUUCGACUUAGGAUAUUUUUGAAUUAGGAUUUUAUGAAUUAGGAUAUUUUCAACUUCAACUUAGGAUGGAUUUGUCAGAAUGUAAUCCCAUCGUAAGUCGAGAACCACCUGUAGUGGUAGAGGUAGUGUGAUUAUUUGUCAAAUAAUCUACAACUUUGUAAAUUUUCAAGUUUGGAAAUAAACAUAUAGAGGAUAGAA